AGUUCCUGUUUCAGUAGAAUUUGAACUAAGUAGUCUUGCACGUGCUAAAUAUGACCCCUUGAUAGAAUUAGAGUGUAGAACUUCUACUGAGAUAAAGUGGUCGUACAUGUGAUCAUAACAUAAUGCUUUUCAUUUUUCGGCCACCUUUACCAAACGAUAUAAUCCGAACUCCAACGACAAAAAAGAAAAACAUCAUUUCCAUUUUGAUUUCGCCCUGAGUCCUCCAUUUAAGAUGUUGUACCCUACUAAUCCUGCUCGAGCAUCUCGCUCGGCACGACUCUGUCUUUUCCUGUCCCUGUGGUCCGGCGUUCAUAUAAUUCCCGUGCUUGUUGUCGCAGAAACAGAAAGAGAAAAUCAAAAUGAAACCCCUCGACGUCCUCGGGGACGACAACUACAAGAGCGCGACCGGGACAAUAAAGCAAAAGGGUUUCUCGCCCUGCGGAAUGACUACGUCGGCCCAUCUCCGUAUGAGAAGCUCAAAGCGUUUGUCCAAAGCAGUCUCGGGUAUCAGGAUCAUGAUGUUCAUGGUGGGAAACAGGCCGCUGGACGUACAACUGCCUCCGAGGGCGUCGAGGAAGAUGCACCCCAAGGAGAACAAAUGAAACUACAGGGAGAGCAGGAAAAGGAUCCGUCCUAUUCCGCUCUACAGCUUCACGAGGAUCAGAUAACUAAAAACGGCGUCGACGAUGGCGCUGAAGCAUCAAAGGGUGAGGCUCUUAACGGAGGUGGUAUUAAAAGCGCACCCUUGAAGGGGCAGGCUUUGCCUCGCAUAGAAUUACAUCGUCCCCCGCGGCUAGAUGAGGUCCUUGCGACGCAACUGCGCGAGGGGCAGCAAACCGAAGAUCCGGCGUUUCUGCAGCUCGACGCCGAAAUAAGAAACAUUUCACCGGCGGCGUACCAGCGUCUACUUAAUGGUGGAGGCGCGGUGCAUACGCAUUGCAAGUGUGAUGCUGAUGUGUUUCAUUAUGUUCCUGCCCAGUAAAUACAAAUAGCCCUAGCGUCGUUCAUAAAAGCUUUUUGCUUUUUUCAUGUUCGGUGAGUCCGGAUGAAGAUCGAUGAUCAGCUGGUUCACGCUUGCUGCGUGAGCCACAGCGGAACCGCUUUUUUCUACUCGUCUGCCAGGGCCAGGAUUGAACAAAAGAGAAAGUCAAUAUUUUCGAUUAUUGCCCUACACAGGACCGAGCGAUCGUGCUGUGUUGCAACAAUUUGCUACGUCCGCACGCUCUUCGGAAACUGGCUGGAGCCGUACUGCCAGAAGAUCUUCCUCGUCGCUCGAGCGCAGUCAUUUUUUAACAAUCGAUUGCUCCGCAUGAGUUGAAGUUAUUAAUUUGACUCACACAUCACUUUUGCAAGGCAUAGUUGUACCCGCCCCUGGACAGCAGCAGUACCCCGGACAGCAGCCGUACCCACAGCAGCCGCAGGCCCCAGCACCGGCUUACCCUCAGCUGCAAGGACCGGUUUACCCCCAGCUGCAGGUAA